CUACAGCUGCGUUGCCUUGUGUUGAUAAUGUUGAUUGUUGAUAUUUAAUAAAUGUGUUUAUAAAUUAAUAUUGCACUUUGGAAACAAACAAGUAAUUUCUAAUCAAUUUUAACUCAACCUAACUAAAAAACUUAAAAAUGGCUCGCGGCAAAGACAAAAAGAAACGCAAACUAGAAAAAAAGCAAGAAGGCGACGAUGUGCCUAAAAAAAUUCCCCAUACACUGGAAUCCCUACGUGAGAAAGAUGAGACUAUGCUGGUUAACGUUGACGCAGAGGAACAGGAGGAGGCUCAAAAAGAUAUGGAAUUUGAUGAAUUAUCUUCAUAUUAUGAGAAUUCUUAUGAACCCAAAGUCUUGAUAACUUACUCUGACAAUCCUCACACCAAGACUAGAAUUUUUGGCAAAGAGCUUAUGAGGAUCAUUCCAAAUUCUCUUUCUAGGUAUAGGCAGAGGUCAUCAGUUAAAAGAAUAGUUCAAUCAGCAAUAAGAGAGGAAAUGACAGAUGUUAUAAUAAUUAAUGAGAAUCAGAAACAGCCAAAUGGAUUUCUGCUGAUUCACCUGCCCAACGGCCCCACAGCACACUUUAGACUGUCCAGCUGCAAGAUCACACCAGAGCUCCGGAAAGAUUACAAAGAAAUUACACAACAUAGACCAGAAGUUAUACUUAACAACUUUAGCACUAGACUAGGUUUAACAAUAGGACGGAUGCUCGGCGCCCUGUUUCACUACGAGCCACAGUUCCGAGGUAGAAGAGCUGUCACCUUCCAUAACCAACGCGAUUAUAUCUUCUUUAGGCAUCAUAGGUACGAAUUCACAACAGACGGCAAGCGCGCCAAACUAAGGGAGCUCGGGCCACGGUUUACCCUCAAACUGAUCUCCCUGCAGCAAGGCACCUUUGACUCCAAACGCGGCGACUACGAAUGGAUCAUAGCAGGCCGCAGACACCAAAUGGAAACAUCUAGGCGACGAUUCUUCUUAUAAUAAACUUUAUUUUAGUAAUA